AUGAGUUCCAAACCGCAGCUCCGUAUAAGCAUCCAAGGCUUACAAAACCAGCCGAAAGCGAAUAAUCGCCGAUGGAUUUGGCUGUUCUUCGUUUUCGGUGCUUGGAUGGUCUUACUGUUUGGCUCUAUCAAUUACUAUCACCAUGCGCUCGGGUCGCAUGUUUCUAACCAUAUGAAGGCUGGCAGCAUUUUCGAGAGCCGCGCUCCUGAACACUUUGCUAACGACUUGACAGCCAUGGUCACAUCUGCUUUCAAGCUUUCCAAACGGUCGCCUCAACGUGGUACAGAUCUAAAACCCCCAAAAGGCCAAAAGUUAACUCCGAUAGUUGGAAAGGGACCCAUCACCCCCAUUCGGAACGUAGUUCCCAAAGCUCCUUUAGCUCUGAAGCAAGUCCCCAAUGUUAUAUUCGCAGAGGAGGAGGAAGAGGAAUUCGAAAUCGAGAUUGUGAGGGCUGCAGCAAAUCGGAACGUAAUUCCUAAAGUUUCUCCACGUCCAGCAAAACUCUCCGACAUUAUAGUAACCCAGUUGCAAGAGGAGGAGGAGGAGCUUAUUGUGACACUGAAUAUCACUAAUACUACAACAAUUGUGGGCAAUAAAACUCCUCAACCAAAGAUAAACCCUACACCAGUGAAUUUAGGCAGAACAGCUGUUGGUAAGGAUACCACCACUAUUGUCACCCUCAGAGAGGACAGAGGGAAUACUACUCAAACUGGUGCUGACCUUACACGUACAACAAAAAUUGAUGUUAAUUCCUCAACCCAGACUAUAAAUCCUGUAGGAGGAGGUGAUCCAAGCCUUCUUUCUCAGCCCCUUCCUGCCCCACAACCCCAGAUGGCCCCGCAACCCCAGGCUGCCCUGCAACCUCCGCAGCCACAAACAUUACCACAACCACAACCAGCCGUGGACCCCCAGCCUGUUCCGCAGCCACAACCAGCCGUGGAACCCCAGCCUCAACCAUUACCACCACCACAACCAGCCACACAACCGCCACCAACUGCUGCAACUCUUGAUGCCAGUAUUGGUGGGAAUACAUCAUUGGGUAUUGGUACUGGUGGUGCAACAUUGGAUUCAACCGUGUCACUUGGGGGUGCUACAAACACUGGGAUAACCCCGGGAAGCAAUGCUCUGACCCCUGGAGGAACUAAUCCAGCAGGAACAGCUUUGGGUUCAACUGAUAACUUGGGAGCUCCAAACCCCGGGGGUGGUAUCACCUCACCUGUGGGCGUAAAUCCUGCAGCAGGUGCUGCUGCUUUGGGUACCGCUGAUCUGGCAACUCCAAACCCUAUCCCAAUUACUGGUGGCCCAGCUUCAACUGAUGCUUUGGGGACAAAUCCUACUGGAAACACUACCUUGAAUCCUCUUACUGACCCUGGGAGUACCAAACCAAAUCCCACUGCAGCCUCGCUGGGUGCAGCUGAUAAUUUGGGAAGCGCUACCCCCACACCAGGAGGUGGAGUUCCAAAUCCAACAGGGGGAAACCCAACUCCCAAUCCAAUUGAUACAACUGGGAAUCUUCCCCCCCCUAAUCCAGGUCCAAACAACACUAUCCCCGUCCCAAAUCCAACCCCAAUAGUCCCUGUGAGGUCUUUUGUCAAUGUAGAUAAUGGGAUGAGAUUUGGAUUUUCUGAAACAAUUACAAUGAGAUUGGCUCAGAAUCAAGCAACAUUCCAAGUUACUGACCGAAUAACCAGCGGGGCCUUCAAACGUAUGCCAACAGUAACAGUCACUCCUAAUGGAAGACCAAUUGAGGCUUUUUCCAGUGGGAUCUUGCUUUCCUCACGAUUUCCGCCUGUGGGAGCUCCCACCCAACCCAUAAAGCCAGCUGACUUGAAGCCCCCAGCAAACCUUCCACAAACACCACCAGUGAAACUGCAAGAGCUGCCUAAAACACCACCCAAAACAGUCAAGCUUCAAGAUUUACCACUUCCUAAAACACCACCUAAGACAACAGCAGUGACACUGCUAGAGUUCCCAAUACCUAAAACACCACCUAAAACCCCCCCUAAAACCCCACCAGUGACACUGCAAGAAUUACCUAAAACACUGCCCAAAACAGUCAAGCUUCAAGGGGUACCAAUUCCAAAAACACCACCUAAAACACCACCCAAAACGCUGCCAGUGACACUUCAAGAGUUACCCCUGCCAAAAACACCCCCAACUGAUGUGCAAAAAUCAAUCAAGCUCCCAGUUAAGCCCCUUCCCAAUCCAAAUGAUCUGACAAGCUCACUUAAACUGCAAGAAAUCCCAAAGACACCUGUUCAAGACAUCAAACCCAAACCAACUCCUGAAAAGCCACUACCGGCAGGUGAGCCCAAGCCAGACCCUAAACCAUCUCCAGACCCCAAACCCAACCCCAAGCCCUCUCCAGGGCCUAAGCCAUCUCCAGACCCCAAACCCGACCCCAAGCCCUCUCCAGGGCCUAAACCAUCUCCAGACCCCAAACCCGACCCCAAGCCCUCUCCAGGGCCUAAACCAUCUCCAGACCGCAAACCCGACCCCAAGCCCUCUCCAGGGCCUAAACCAUCUCCAGACCCCAAACCCGACCCCAAGCCCUCUCCAGGGCCUAAACCAUCUCCAGACCCCAAACCCAACCCCAAGCCCUCUCCAGGGCCUAAACCAUCUCCAGACCGCAAACCCGACCCCAAGCCCUCUCCAGGGCCUAAACCAUCUCCAGACCCCAAGCCCUCUCCAGAGCCUAAACCCAAGCCAGACCCUGAAUAA